AUGGGAAAGCCCAGUUUACCUUCUAUUCAGUUUCUGUUGCAAGAAGCACCUGGCCCCGUCAUACCACCAAACAGUAAUAGCAGCAAUCAGAACGAGCCUGUUGAAGCUCCAACUGCUCCUGCACAUCAAAACAAGAGACAGUUUGGACACAGAGCUUCUCGAAGCGUCAGCAGCCUUCCCUUAGAUUUGCAAAGUUUAUCGCUGCAAGCACCAGAAGAUAACAUCAGACUUUCAUAUCCAGAGCCCAGUCAACCACCUCUCAUUACUACUGAUUUACAUCAACCUUAUGGUGGCAUACCAUUCUCAUCAACAGAAAAACCUCCAAGCUGGAUGCUUCCAAAUGAUAGACCGCCUGUUGCAAUGAAUCUCACUCCACCCCUAGUUGCUUCAUCCUCCCAAAAUACACAUAGAAGAAAAUCCGGAUUUGGCGGCGGUCAUGGGAGAUCUAUUUCUGAAUUUACACUACCUCCAUUAUCAAACACUCCACCUUCAACGACCACAACUCGCAGACAUACACCCUCUCAUUCUCAUAGAAGAGCUGUAUCUGCCAACACUAUAGAUUUCAUGCUCAGUCCAUCCCCCAACGGCCAUGUGAGAGCUCAAUCCUACAGUCCUCAAGAAGCUGCAAUGAAUGGAGGCAGACAAUCACCUCCAAACCCAUAUUUGUUUGAUCAACUUCAGGUAGAAAACGGCACUAGUAAUACUACCAAUAACGUCUCUGCUUCCAAUGCAAGCAAUGCAGCAUCUGAUACAUCCGGGCGCUACGUAUGUCCAUAUUGCCAUAAAAAGUUUUCAAGACCUUCCUCACUACGUAUCCAUACAUACUCGCAUACUGGUGAGAAGCCUUUUGUUUGUACAGAGCCUGGUUGCGGAAGACAUUUCAGCGUCCAAAGUAAUAUGAGACGCCAUUUACGAGUUCACAGAUUGGGACGCUCGGUCAACAGUAAUACAUUGGAAGCAACAAAGGAAGAGAAUGAAGCAGCAUAA